AUGCAAUCCAUCAAGGUCUUUAUCCGCUGGCGUCCUCUGUCAACAGCCGAAUCGGCUGCUCCAGAAAUCGACCGAACACAGCAGUGUCAUCCCUCCAACAAAAAGGCCUCUCUCGCAGUCACUCCACCCCCGUCUCACAAGCUUGCCCGCCCCUGGAAGAGUGAUUCUGCAUUCACUCGUAUUUUCGACGCAUCCGAUACCAACAAAGCUGUCUUUGAUGCUGUCGUGGGGCCCACCCUCCCGCGUGUGCUGAACGGGGGGUCAUGCAAUUUUUUCGCCUAUGGACACUCAGGGAGCGGCAAGUCACACACGAUCAUUGGAUAUGACUUUGAACACUCUGAUGAGUUCGGGCUGUGUCUAUCCGCUGCCCGCGCCCUGUACGAGCAUCUGAACGAGAUCAAUAAUGGUCUAGAAGAAAAGGGGGGGUUUAUGCUUGGAUUGUGCAUGUACGAACUACGCAAGAACGUUGCUUUUGACUUGCUCAAUGACAGGUGCAAGUGCCACAUUCGAGAGGGCUCUGAUGGCAAAACUCACAUACGGGGUGAGACCGAGACGUUGGAGGAUGGGAAAGUCCGAGUUCGUCCGAUUGCCACGAAGGCAGGCCGAACCUUUGACGAGUUUCAUGCUGAGUUGCUGGGUGGAAUUCAACGCAGAGCCACCGGAACUUCCACCGUACAUGACCAGAGUUCACGAACUCAUGCGGUGUUUGAGAUUGAGAUUCUCACAGAAGAACUAUUGGAAGCGCGCGAUGCUGUCGUUGAGCGGCAGUCCGAGCUCGUCCCUGUGGCCAAACGAGCGACGGAUAUCUAUCUAGAGGAGAACACGAAAGCAUUCAUCCUGACACCUGAAGGGAAAUACGCACCCAACCCAGACUAUCAGAUCAACCAGCGAGUCAUCGAUGAAGCAGAGGCCAAGAAAGCGGAAUUUGAGUCUUAUGUCCAAAAGGCAGAGGACCAUGUUUCAGACAUCAUGAAAUCAUCGCCGCAUGCCUGUCUUGGUGGGAAGCUCGUAUUUGUCGAUCUGGCUGGGUCGGAAUACUACCAUGACAAGAGCACGCCUUCCACCCCUCGGCCAAAACAGUCGCCUCAGGAGCAACAAGAAGGGCGACAGAUCAACACCGAUCUACUGUCGCUGAAGGAGGUGAUCCGUGCCAGGGCGCAGGGACAGACUCGCAUUCCUUUCCGCUCGUCGCCCCUGACCAUGGUCCUGCGCGAGCACUUCUUGGCCCGUGAUGGAGAUGACAGUGUCUCGGCAAUGAUUCUGACUGCAUCACCAUCUUCGCAGCAGUUCACCGCGACCAUUGAUACUCUGAAAUAUGGGAAUCUGAUCGGUGUGGCCGGGGACAAGGCGACGGGUCGUAAGUAG